UUCAAAGUCAUCCUACAUCUUCCACUGCCUUAAUUGCUUCUACUUCUCACUUUAACCAUUUUCAUAAACCAAAGAAAAAAGGGUCACUCCUUUUUUUUCGUUGUAACACAACAUGUCUUCCUCAGAAGGUGUCUUUGAAUUGGGAAUUGAUUUCUCGGAAUCAAACAAUGUUCUUCUCAUGUCACUAAUGGAAGAAACCCAAGAAGAAGAGUACUAUGGCGAUGAUAGACUUGUGACCAUGAUUCAGUCAUUGGAGGCAGAGAUCACUGAAACUGAAAUGGGUCAAAUGUAUGAGAUGGGACACGUGGAUAGUCAAGAUUGCUCCACGUCAGUCAGUGAUCCUAAUCAAUGGGUUGACAUGGAAUUGAUCUCUUCCUUGCCUUUUGAUGAGAUGAAUGCAUGGAUCCCUUGUGGAGAUGACAUGAUGGAACAUGCAGCAAUGGAAUAUGAAGCUGGACAUGAUAUCAAUGAUUUUCAAUUGUUUUAUGGAGUUUUCUUGGAGCAACAAUAUAGAGAGACUAAUUAUUUGGCACAAGGGUGUGAUGCAGUAUUAUGAAAUUAAUUAAACUGUAGUUUUUAUAUAUAUGAAACAGAAGAGAACUUGGAUUACUUUGUAAUUAAUUUUGUGAAGGUGUCCCUAGCUAAGUACAUGUUAUUGCCAAACCUUUUAAAUUUUAUCUUUUGUUUGCAUUUUCCUCCUUUACUUUCAUGUAAUUUCCUAGCUGAAAAUUAAUUAGAAUAGAUUUUCCUCA